UUAUUAGUAUUUAUCUCUGUAGGCGUGCUAGGGAAUUAGAACGUUAAUUAUAGAUGUUAUAUGACUAACCUUUGUCCAAUGUCUUUUAGAGCAUUCUGUCGAAUAAAACAUUGUUUUUGAAUGUAAGAAUGUAACCAUGACGUGUGGUUAGGCGUCCAUCUAUACCUGAGAUAUUCGUAAUUUCUAUAGCGAAGUAAUGUGCGCAAGUGUAUAGAUCAUUAGUGUGAUAGCCAGGGUGUGGGUUGCACUAUAUUGUUGCAAAGAUGCGUCUCUACCUUGUUGCGGUGUUUUGCGUCAGCACAUUGAUUGCAGUCGUUUCCGCAAGCGAUGAUCUCUACGAUAUACUUGGCGUGAAGAGGACCGCAAGCCAGAAAGAUAUCAAGCGAGCAUUUCGCAAACUUGCAAUCAAGUACCAUCCCGACAAGAAUAAAGACAAGGGCGCUGAAGAGAAGUUUCAGAAGAUUGCGCGUGCCUACGAGAUACUAUCGAACGAGGAGAAGCGAGCGAAAUACGACCGGGUUGGUUCAGUGGACGACUCCUCCAGUGAUAAUCCGGGAAGGGAUGGAUCCAGCGGUAUGCACUUCAACUUCAAUGAGUUCUUCCAACGGUUUGACGAGGCUAGGAUGUUCCAUGAAGGACGCAAAGAUCCGCACCAACAACAUUUUGAUGGAGCACAUCCUACAGAAGGUAAACGAUUCAGCUUCUCAUUCGGCAACCUGAACUUGGAUGAUCUGUUCGGUGAUGACGAUGGCGAACAUGAAAAUGGAAUGUUUAGUGAAUUCUUUGGUGGAGGCGAUUCGUUUUUCGGCAAUAUGGACCAUAUGCGCCAGGUCCAUACGCAGCAGCGCUCGCAAAAUUGUCGGACCGUUAGGAAACAACAAGGCAAUACGAUAUCGACUUACACGACAUGUUCAUCAAAUGUGGAUCUUUAACGUUCCAGGAUGCAGUCGGUAAACAGCGCGGAAAGGCGUACAUAAGCACAACAACCAGUUAGCAUAAAUAUGUAUAUUUGGGCUAACUAGGUUUUUGCGCUAAUUAAAUACUGAACAUCGUUGUGAUAUGCCAAUGAACAGUAAUCCGUUUUUAUAGCACAGCUGUGCCCAUAUAGAGAAAAGAAAAAAGGAAAGUGCGUAUUUGUACAUUAAUAGUAUGCACAUCCGUCCGGAGAGUUACUGACCAGUGAACUACAGGCGACAGUAUUUGUUAGUUCUAGAUUUAUGCGUGCUUAACCUAAUAGUUUCAAACAGGCUCGAAUGAAUGACUAGCAUAUAGUUUUGACAUAACGUGAGCAGCACAACUGGGCACAGAGUAGACGCUUAGCAGGCCUGGAUCACUAUAAGGGUAUAUAUUUAUGCGACGGCGUAGUCAAAUGAAUAUGCGGUGCUCCAAGUAUCAAAUAAACGAUUUAAGACGUUCGUAAAAAUGUGCACACCUCAACACGACUUCAGAAGAACACGACCCAGGGAUCGAUGGUUAAACUAAAUGAAAAACCCUACGAAGCUACGGGUAAUAUUCUAAAGCUAUCGCUUUAGAUAAUGGGUUAUCUAAAAAGUUAUAGUGUAGCGGUCUGUUGUCGUUUGAUGCAAAAAGUGUCGCUCGUUAAGUUGCCGCUAUGUAAAAAAUCGUCGGAACGUUGACAGAACUUGCAAUUGUCUGUUCAUGUUUCUCAAUUGUGAGCUGUCAUAGAUAAUAUCGAAGGGCAGUGAAAUGUUGUUCCGAUUUAUGCUAUUCUAUGUGUAUGACUUUGGAAAUACAAAAUUGUUGUUUUAUAAAACGAGCGCAUCUCUACGCCCAAUAGAAAUGGGUUUGACUUCUCUCUGAAAUAAAAAAAACAACAGACACAUUUCUUCAGUAAAAUCUUAAGUCAACAAACCGCAUCUUUUCGGCUUAAUUCGACUAAUUCUAAAGAAAUCACUGGAGGAGGAAAGGUGUUUUGUAACAUGGAGUUGCUAACAAAUAAGAAUCGCUAAUGUUUACUUUUCUGUUAAACGUUGAAACCUUUGUACUGUUAUUAAUUUGGGAUGAUGGUAGGCUUUGGUUUGUAUGUCUUUCGUUCUAUAUGAGCCUAUCUAUCCAUAUGAAAAGGAUCCAAUACUUUGCGUAAAAUACAGUAGCAGUAUAAAGUUGAGAUACAAGUAUCACUCUUGGCUGUCUAAGUUGUCAUGCUGACAUACUGUAAUCUACUAAAGGAUAGUGUACUAGUUAACUGUUGCGUAUAGUAAAUCGGCAAAUAAAGUGACGUUCAAUAUAAAUGUGUU